CAUAAGGACCGAAGGAGAGAUCAGCAGAGGGUUCAGCAUAAGAACCAGUGCAGAGAUCAGCAGAAGGCCCAGUAUAAGAACCAGUGCAGAGAUCAGCAGAGGGUUCAGCAUAAGAACCAGUGCAGAGAUCAGCAGAGGGUUCAGCAUAAGAACCAGUGCAGAGAUCAGCAGAGGGUUCAGCAUAAGAACCAGUGCAGAGAUCAGCAGAGGGUUCAGCAUAAGAACCAGUGCAGAGAUCAGCAGAAGGCCCAGUAUAAGAACCAGUGCAGAGAUCAGCAGAAGGCCCAGUAUAAGAACCAGUGCAGAGAUCAGCAGAGGGUUCAGCAUAAGAACCAGUGCAGAGAUCAGCAGAGGGUUCAGCAUAAGAACCAGUGCAGAGAUCAGCAGAGGGUUCAGCAUAAGAACCAGUGCAGAGAUCAGCAGAGGGUUCAGCAUAAGAACCAGUGCAGAGAUCAGCAGAGGGUUCAGCAUAAGAACCAGUGCAGAGAUCAGCAGAAGGCCCAGUAUAAGAACCAGUGCAGAGAUCAGCAGAGGUGCAGAGAUCAGCAGAGGGUUCAGCAUAAGAACCAGUGCAGAGAUCAGCAGAAGGCCCAGUAUAAGAACCAGUGCAGAGAUCAGCAGAGGGUUCAGCAUAAGAACCAGUGCAGAGAUCAGCAGAAGGCCCAGUAUAAGAACCAGUGCAGAGAUCAGCAGAGGGUUCAGCAUAAGAACCAGUGCAGAGAUCAGCAGAGGGUUCAGCAUAAGAACCAGUGCAGAGAUCAGCAGAAGGCCCAGUAUAAGAACCAGUGCAGAGAUCAGCAGAGGGUUCAGCAUAAGAACCAGUGCAGAGAUCAGCAGAGGGUUCAGCAUAAGAACCAGUGCAGAGAUCAGCAGAAGGCCCAGUAUAAGAACCAGUGCAGAGAUCAGCAGAGGGUUCAGCAUAAGAACCAGUGCAGAGAUCAGCAGAGGGUUCAGCAUAAGAACCAGUGCAGAGAUCAGCAGAAGGCCCAGUAUAAGAACCAGUGCAGAGAUCAGCAGAAGGCCCAGUAUAAGAACCAGUGCAGAGAUCAGCAGAAGGCCCAGUAUAAGAACCAGUGCAGAGAUCAGCAGAAGGCCCAGUAUAAGAACCAGUGCAGAGAUCAGCAGAGGGUUCAGCAUAAGAACCAGUGCAGAGAUCAGCAGAGGGUUCAGCAUAAGAACCAGUGCAGAGAUCAGCAGAGGGUUCAGCAUAAGAACCAGUGCAGAGAUCAGCAGAGGGUUCAGCAUAAGAACCAGUGCAGAGAUCAGCAGAAGGCCCAGUAUAAGAACCAGUGCAGAGAUCAGCAGAAGGCCCAGUAUAAGAACCAGUGCAGAGAUCAGCAGAGGGUUCAGUAUAAGAACCAGUGCAGAGAUCAGCAGAGGGUUCAGCAUAAGAACCAGUGCAGAGAUCAGCAGAGGGUUCAGCAUAAGAACCAGUGCAGAGAUCAGCAGAGGGUUCAGCAUAAGAACCAGUGCAGAGAUCAGCAGAAGGCCCAGUAUAAGAACCAGUGCAGAGAUCAGCAGAAGGCCCAGUAUAAGAACCAGUGCAGAGAUCAGCAGAGGGUUCAGUAUAAGAACCAGUGCAGAGAUCAGCAGAGGGUUCAGCAUAAGAACCAGUGCAGAGAUCAGCAGAGGGUUCAGCAUAAGAACCAGUGCAGAGAUCAGCAGAAGGCCCAGUAUAAGAACCAGUGCAGAGAUCAGCAGAAGGCCCAGUAUAAGAACCAAUGCAGAGAUCAGCAGACAUGUGAUGCAAAUAACCCUGCCUAUGAUUCUAGCACAGGUCCUUAG